AUGGCGGACGAGCCCGGCUCCCUCAACUGGCGUCUCAGCGCCCACCCGAUCACUCUACUCACGUACCUGGGUUUCCGAAUAGGAAGCCUCCUCAUGUACCUCUUUGGCGUCCUCUUCAUCCGCAACUUCGUCCUGGUCUUCAUCUUGACCCUGCUGCUUCUCUCCCUCGACUUCUACUACCUGAAGAACAUUGCUGGUCGCCGCCUCGUUGGUCUGCGCUGGUGGAAUGAAGUCAACACCUCCACGGGCGACAGCCACUGGGUGUUUGAAUCCCGCACCUCGCAGGAGAACCAAGGCGGGUGGGUCGAGAACAAGACCGACAAGCGGUUCUUCUGGUUGAGCAUGUAUAUCGUGCCGGCAUUGUGGGUGGGGCUGGCCAUUCUGGCGAUUGUCAGGCUGCAGAACCUGAUUUGGCUCGUUACUGUUGUGAUCGCAUUAGUCCUUACCAUCACAAACACCGUUGCAUUUUCACGUUGCGACAAGUUCAGUCAGGCGUCGAGUUUCGCGGGUUCGGCGCUGUCAGGCUCCGGACUGGCCAGGAGUCUCGCGAGUAAUAUGGUUGGCCGGUUCUUCAGAUGA